AUGAAGUUGAACCUCUUAGAACAGUAUAUAUUGGGAGGGAUUAUAGCUACUUGGUUGGGUUUUGCUCUUAUCUAUUUCUUGGGUGUGAGAAAGAGUGAACAAGAUGAUGAUUUAGAUUUGCAUAAACAGACCAAUAAGUUAGUCCGGGCUAGGGCUCAGGACGAUGGAGAGACUGAUGUUAUCAUUGUCGGUGCUGGUGUUGCUGGUGCAGCCCUGGCCUAUAGCCUUGGCAUGGAUGGCCGGCGAGUUCUUGUGAUAGAAAGAGAUCUGGGAUUGCAAGAUAGGAUUGUCGGUGAAUUGCUUCAACCUGGUGGCUACAUGAAAUUAAUCGAAUUGGGCUUGGAAGAUUGUGUAGAGAACAUCGAUGCUCAAAAAGUGUUCGGAUAUGCUUUAUUCAAGGAGGGUAGAAGCACUAAACUGGCUUACCCAUUGGAGAAGUUCAAAAGAGAUGUUUCAGGCCGGUGUUUUCACAAUGGCAGAUUUGUUCAACGGAUGCGUGAGAAGGCUGCAACAGUCCCAAGUGUGAGGCUCGAACAAGGAACAGUGACAUCUCUUAUUGAAGAGAAAGGGGCUGUCAAAGGAGUGCGCUACAAGACCAAAGUGGGACAAGAUAUCACAGUUACCGCACCACUUACUAUAGUUUGUGAUGGCUGUUUUUCAAAUCUGAGACGCGGUCUGUGCAAGCCUGAGGUAGAUAUUCCAUCUACUUUUGCUGCCUUGCUUUUGAAGAACUGUGAGGCUCCAUAUCCAAAUCAUGGUCAUGUUAUAUUGGCAGACCCUUCACCGAUCUUAUGUUAUCGGAUCAGCAGUACUGAGAUACGAUGUUUAGUAGAUAUCCCUGGCAAGAAAAUCCCUUCUGUUGGCAAUGGUGAAAUGGCCCUGUAUCUAAAGACUAAGGUGGCUCCUCAGAUCCCUACUGAGCUGCGAUGCGGCUUCAUUGCUGCCGUGGAUGAAGGAAGCAUAAAAACAAUGGCUAAUAGAAGCAUGCCGGCUGCUCCACAACCCACCCCGGGUGCAAUUUUACUGGGGGAUGCAUUUAACAUGAGACACCCUUUGACCGGAGGAGGAAUGACUGUGGCUUUAUCUGAUGUUGUUAUUGUUCGUGAUCUUCUCCGACCUCUUGAGAAUAUAAAUGACUCAUUUGCCCUUUGCAAGUAUCUUGACUCCUUUUACACCAUGCGCAAGCCAGUGGCAUCUACUAUCAAUACAUUGGCUGGAGCCUUGUACAAGGUGUUUUCUGCAUCACCUGAUCAAGCCAGAACAGAACUGCGCCAAGCAUGUUUCGACUACUUAUGCCUCGGUGGCAUGUUCUCAAACGGGCCCAUUGCACUAUUAUCCGGUCUAAACCCCAAACCAUCAAGCUUGGUGCUUCAUUUCUUUUCUGUUGCUAUCUUUGGUGUUGGCCGCCUGUUACUUCCAUUUCCAUCACCACAACGCAUUUUGCUAGGUGCUAGAUUGAUCACGGACGCAUCUGGUAUCAUCUUCCCAAUACUAAAAGCUGAAGGAGCUGCACAAAUGUUUUUAUCAUCAACAAAUCCAGCAUAUCAUAAAUCGCCUUUUCUCCAUUAA